AUGUGAUAAAAGAGCCAGUUUCCACAAAAUGUGAUCACAUAUUCUGCAGGUUCUGUAUGUUUAAACUCCUCAGCAAAAAGAAAAAAGGUGUGAUACAGUGUCCUCUGUGCAAGACUGAAGUUACCAAAAGAAGUCUUCAGGAAAAUUCCAGAUUUAAGCAACUAAUUGAAGGACUGUUGGAAACUAUCUAUGCUUUUGAGCUUGACACAGGAGUGAAGUUUCUAAACAGUCAUCAGUUUCCUAAAACAUCCAUAGAAGCUAAUGCUGCUGAGCUCCUGUGUAAAGAAAGUUCUAUUAUCCAAAGUAAGGGUUUCAGAAACAGGAAAAAAAAAGCUAAAGAAAAUGGACAAGAAAAUUGCACCUUGGAAGCUAAUGCGGAUACACAACUUACAGAUACCAGAGUCAAAAGGUGUCCCUUGAGAAACAAAAACCAGAAAUGUUCCUCUGAUACAGGGAUAUACAUAGAGUUUGGCUCGGAUUCAUCUGAAGAUCUUUUCAAACAGGCAAGCAAUACUGGCAGGUUAGGAGACAAAGACGUGCUUCAGUUUUCAUCUCAAGAAAAGCUAGAAGAACUUAAGAGUUCUGAGAAGGGGAAUGAAUGUUCUUGCAAUAUACAGCCUGUCAAGCUGGGUGCCAAAGAAAUAAUUCUACCAAAUGUCAUAGGUGAAAGUGAUUCCUUAAAGGAAGGUUUGAGCAAGAAAAGCACUCAGAACAUCGCUGAACAUGCCAAACCUGGCCAAGUAAACGUGACUGAAUGCCAGAGUUCUCCUUUAAAUGUUCUUGCUGCAGAUUUACUCGCAGAGCAGUGUGACACAGUGGGCAAUGCCAGCCCCUUAAGGAAAGAGGAUACAACUUUCUUUGAAAACGCAGAAGAAAUGGAUGCAGAGCAAACUCAGUGCAAUAGUAAAAGCAAAGAGUUUAAGUUGGAAGAUAGCUCAGAGAGCAAGUUGGACAAAAGCAAGCAAAUACAUACUGUUAUGCAAUGUGUGGAAGAUGUGGAAAUGUGUGAACCUGAGAACGAUUCUUUUCCUGAAGAAGAACCUCCUCUGGAGAAGCCAGAGACACUUCACAGUGAUGCCCUGAAUCAAGUUUCUAGGAAGAGACUGAAGCGAAGCAUUCAGAAAGUCAAUGAAUGGUUUUCAAAAAGCAAUGAGAUUCUAUCUUCCAAUUCUUCCCAGGAUGAUCCCGCUGAAGCAACUGAUACUUCAGGUGAAGGAGAUGUGCGCUUAUCAGAUAACGAUUCCUGUAUUUCAGAGAAGACUAACCUUAUGGUAAAUUGCAUGGAAAUUGCAGUUGUUGAAAAAACCAAGAAAUCAUCAAGACCAACAGCAGAUAGCAUCAAAGACAAAAUAUUUGGAAAAACAUACAAGAGAGAGAGGAAGUCAAAUCCCCCUAUUAUCUUGAGAGAGAUUUUACCUACUGCAAAAAGUGAAGAUGUGGCCGCUGAUGAAAAGUGCUUGAAUAAUUCCAGAAUGGAUAAACUAAAACAAAAAAGGAAGACUGCCUGUGUCCUGCAACCUGAGGACUUCAUCAAGAAAAAAGAUCUGGAAGAGGCAGAUGGGUGCCCUCAGAGUGUUAACUGGUGCCUUGGAGAGGCUGAAAAGAAAAAACAUGAUGAGAGUUCUGCUGUUAAUGAGAGUUCUGUGACUGAGGAAAGGGAGGAUAAUACCCUAGCAGAACUUGGGGAAGGAGAGUCCAUAUGGAAAAAUGCUCCUGAAGAGGUGCCUGGCAAAUCUGAUGGAGUGCUAGAACCGAAUAACUGUGAUCAGAAGAGCACUAAAAAACCAAGUUCUUUAGCAAAAAGAUGCAGACAUUCAACUAGAACUAUGCAUGCUCUACAGUUAGUAGUGGGUAGAAACUCAGGCUCCCCUGAUCCAGCUGAGCCACAGAUUGAUAGCUAUCCAAGCAGUGAAGAGCCAAGAAAAGUUGAUUCUGAGCGCAGACAAGUCAGGCGCAGCAGAAGGCUUCAGUUACUUGCUGAAGAAAUGACAAAAGAAACAGGAAAAAGAAGUGUACUAACUGAAGGAGCAAGAAAAUAUGACAGUGGAAGUGGAGGGUCUUUCUCAGGAGUGCAAAGGAAUGUGUUGGUUCAUACUUCUGAAUGCAAAGACCUGGGUGAGCAGCAGGAUAUACUGAGUUAUAGGCCAGCCACUAAUCUGAAGAGUGCUGAUCUGGAAGCUGAUGAAAUGCAGGUUAGUCUAAAGAAUUCAUCUGACACUGCAGACACUGGAAAAAGUCUCUUCAAUCCUACAUCUUCAUGUCAGCAUUCAAAUUUUGGUUCUGUUGUACCUGAUAGUUGUUGUACCUCUCAAGAAAGUGAAAUGCUAGGUAGCCCUUUCCUCCUUCAGCCUCCUUCAGUGAAUGUUGUGCAAACUGCUUCUCGAGUGACCAAAGAGAAGACAACUGAAUCAUGUACUACUUUUCCCAAGAACAACGGACAUCAUACAAAAAAUGUUCCAGAGGACUUUAGAAAUGAAAAGUCCCCAGUGUCUAAAAAUGUUUUGGAACUCACCAAGGAAGCUGAAGAUAGUGAAUUAGACACACAGUAUCUGCGAAAUAUAUUUAGGCAUUCAAAACGACUAUCAUUUACCCUUUAUCCUAGUCCCAUGAAGGCACGUGUAGUAGAAGAUGCUGCUUCUGAAACCUUAAAGAUGUCAUGUGCUGAUCAUGUAGAAGAUAAGCAUAGCAAAUGUUUAAAAACUGAAAACUUGCAAGGAGAGAAAACAAAUUCUGAAUAUUUGAGUAGGUUUUGUGAGAAAGAAAAGCUUAAGGCCUGUGAAUCUGCUUGUGUUAGCCCUGUGUCUUGCUUUAUCAGUAACACUGAACGUGUGCACACCGGGGAACAUCAAGAAAACGUUUCACAGGUUGCAGAUCGAGGGAAUCUGACAUCACCAAGAGGAAUAGGUGCUACUGGGGUUGAGAAUAAAAACCAACAGCAAAAAAGAGAGCAGGCAAAUGAUAAGACAGUAUCAGCUGACAUAGUGAUAGAAAGUGAGCUAAGUCAGAAUCCAUUCAAAAGUAAUAGAAGCCAAAGUGAUCAGAGUAGUAUAGAAGAGCGUGUUUUCCAAAGAAUAAACACAGGUAAUGAAAUAGGCUCCAGUUCAGAAAGUAAUCAAGCGGAAAAGGCUGAAGUUGAUGAAGGCAAAGGACCAAUAUUACAUUUUCAGCCCACAUCAAUGGUUUGUCCUACAGUUUGUCAGCAAAAUCCUCCUGAAUUUAACUGCAAAGUCAAGCAAAAGAAAAAUAGCACAAGAGAAAGACAACGAGCAAAGAGCAACGAAGAACAAACAACCCAAACUGUCAGCACAGGGAUGCCUGAGUGUUUAAUUUCAGAGGCUCUAGAACAGUCUCUUAAAGGCAGUACUGAUUUUCCAGGGCUGUCUGAAACCCCUGAUGGCUUACUGUGCUCUGAUGAUGAUAUUGAAGAGAACCCCAGCUUUUGUGAAACUGAUAGGAAAGAGAGAUCUGCUGUGUUCGUUAAAAGAAGUGACAGUGCCCUGGUAAAAGAACUGGAUGGUAGAAGUGCUAAUUCUACGCCUAUAUCUCAAGAUAUUCGGAGAUCUCGAAGAAGAGUGCGGAAACUGCAAUCUUCAGAGGAAGAAUCUAGUGAGGAUGAAAAUUUACCAUGUUUUCAGACGUUAAUAUUUGGCAAACCAGCAAGCAGCACUCCUUUGCAGUUCAAUAAACAGGUGACAUCUAUGGUAGGGUCUUCAGUAAAUCCCUGCACAUUGCCUCACAGUGGAAGUCAUAAUGACCGUAGCAUGCAGAAAACGCCUGAAGCUGCUCUAAAUACUGGGUGUGUUUCUCCAAGCCAGGAGUCAGAAUGUUCUGUUAAUUUAUUUUCUUCCCAGUCCAACAUGUCUGAAGAGUCAGUUGAUGGAGCACAGGAACUGAAGAAACCUUUAAUACCAAUUCUUGCAUCCAAACAAAUGAGCAAUCAGAAUGAAAGUAAAGAAACUUUUCAAAGUUGUAAUAGAGGGCUGAAGAAAAGAAAAACUAACUUGCAAGAUGAAUACCACGAAGACCCAAACAUAGGAGCAAACCUAGGUGAAGCAUCUGGAUAUGAUAGUGAAACAAGUCACGUAGAGGAUUCAUCUGGGCCAUUCUCUCAGGGUGAAAUCCUUACUACACAGCAGAAGAAUGCUAUGCAAAAGAACUUAAAAAAACUUCAACAAGAAAUGGCUGUACUUGAAGCAGUGCUAAACCAGCAUGAAAGUCAGGACUCUGAAUUUUUACUGGUAGGUAAGGAACUCCCACAUUCCAAUAGUGAAGGAACACUUGGAAUGGAACAGAUAAGACAAGUAAGAGCGAUAGAGUCAACCUCAGAAGUAAAUUUUGCAAAUCAGAAAUGCAGCAGUUCAAAGGGAUUUUCACCUGAUGAUUUCCGUGUAAAGUCGAGUGAUUCUUCCAACAGUAAAAUCAAAGAGCUAGAAGAAAGGUCUCCAGUACUAUUGCUUCCCUCUCCUAAAUCUUAUUUGUUAAAGAGACCAGAUCUAAAGAAAGGCCUUCAGCGUGACAGUGUUCUGAAGAACAAAGCUGCUUCUCAAGAGAAGAAAACCCUGCAAGAGUGUAGUCAGUGUCAGCUUGAACCAGAAAAUGCAGCUGAUGAGAAAUCUGGGACCAAACUAAACAGUGCAUCUGUCUUAUCAAAUCUCAGUGGAAAUGUGAGCAGGAGUCCAAACAGCUCUUCCUCCUCUGUAAGGCUUCUCCACCCUCAAACUGCAGAAGCAACAAAUAGUUCUGCUGUAGCUCAGAAAGCUAAUGGAAGCUGUACUCAAGGAUGUAAGCAUGAGAGAACUGUCUGUUUUCCUACGUCUGUUCUGCACAAUACAGCUGGGAAAGAAAAUGCUACAAGUCCAGUUGUGACUAACAGGAGAGAAAUGUCAAUUGUGGCAUCAGGUCUGAAUCAAAGUGAACACUUGAUGGUCCAGAAGUUUGCCAGAAAAACUCGGAGCACUUUAUCUAAUCACAUUACUGAAGGAACAACCCAUGUCAUAAUGAAAACAGAUACGGAGCUGGUGUGUGAACGGACAUUGAAGUAUUUUCUGGGUAUUGCAGGAAGAAAAUGGGUGGUUAGUUAUCAGUGGGUAAUUCAGUCUUUUAAAGAAGGACGGAUUCUUGAUGAGGAUAACUUUGAAGUUAGAGGAGACGUGAUCAAUGGAAGAAACCACCAAGGUCCAAAGAGGGCUAGACAAUCUCUUACUGAAAAGAUCUUUAAAGACUUUGAGAUCUGCUGCUAUGGACCUUUCACUGAUAUGACUACAGAACAUCUAGAAUGGAUGGUGGAGCUUUGUGGUGCCUCUGUAGUGAAGCAACUUCAUCUGUUCACACACAAAAUAAAUUCUACUGCUGUCGUGGUUGUGCAGCCAGAUGCUUGGAUGGAAAAUAGAGGCUAUCGAGUGAUCCAGCAAAAGAGCAAUGUUGCUGUGGUGACUCGAGAGUGGGUAUUAGACAGUGUUGCUUGCUAUGAGCGCCAGGAGUUCGAUGCUUACCUUUUGUCCUAAGGGUGAUCUGCAGUUCUUUUGCCAUUGUUCAGAAAUUCUCGUCAAUGCUGGUACUUUGGUUCUGGUUUUAAGGACUAAGAAUUAAGUAACUUAUGCAGAGAUUGUCUUUGAGUCAUGUUCUUGUUUUGGAGUAAAACAACUAACAAUAAAAUUACUUAAGAAGCAUUACUAUACAGAGAUGGAAUUACCUACUCUUCGUAAAAGAUAAACAUUUCUAAUUUCAAAAUAGUCCUUAAACUCAUCUGAUACAAAUCAAAAGAAAUCAGAAACUAACUAGAAAAUUUAGAGUGGGGCCUCCUCAGACAAAUGGUGAUGCAUUAUUUACUGUUCCAGCUAGUUCCCAUUUAUAUACUUGAUGACAUUUUGGAAGCAGUCACUUAGUUACAUGGGGUUCAGGACUUGAAUCAAAAGGUACUUGCACCCCUGAGUAACAUCCAUAUUUUUGUUUGCAUAAAUACAUACCCUGUAAAAGGAUGAGUGUAUAGCAACACAAUGAAAUAUAAUUUUCUGAUCAGUAAUGCAUCAACCUAGUUAAUUUUAGGCCAUGGAUUACAGCUGUUUUGGAAACUAUACCAAGAGCUCUCCUGUCGAAACUAUUGUAUGCAAAAGUGCCUUCAUGUUCUAACUAGAAACAUCAUCUGUGAGUUCCCUGAAAAGCCAACACUUGAUUCUCGGUGUAAACCAAUUCUUAAAACCACAAGUCUAAACCAAUAUUGUGUCAGUUUUAAUUCUGGAAAGUGUAUAUGGCACCUAUGAAGGGAUACUAAACAGAUGCAAUUUAGUAUCCCGGUGACCUAUAAUAAGCCCUAAAAAAAUUGUUUCUAAUAGUCCCUGCCUGCAAAAUAAGGCCACAGAAAAAAUAUUGCUUUUUAUGGAAUAAAAUAUACUGCUUCUUUCUGUUACCAAGUAAUUCAACUUCAUAAAUAUUUUUGUACUUUCAGAGCAGAAAAAGAAACUGUUUUCAUAAAGUUGCUUUUAAAAAAAAUUGUAGCUGAGUUCAGAGAAUAGUUUGGGGCUCUAAUGCUGCUAGGUUGACUUAGAAAGUUAUAUAGCGUAUGUCUGUAAAUACUGGAAUACUCAAAUAAAAUGAAGUUGGCAUGUAUUUUA